AUGCUGGGUAAAUGCCAGAACUCUGUAACCGCAAAUGAACCGCAGCCACAGAUCAUCGCCAGAAUCCUCACCAGGAUGAGGGCUGCCAGUGGGAUUGUGCUCAGCAUUCUCCUUUCAACAGCCUUGUCUGUUCCCUUACAAUCCUCUGAUGAAACUGUAAUCCUGUUCUAUGGAGAGGACUUCCACAUUUUGCUGCGCUCCCUGAAUGUGGAGGUGACUUUUCGAAACAGGACGACCCGCAGCUCUCAGACCGUGGAAGAGCCUCUGAUGCGCGGGGGUAAAUCUGUGAGCGAGAGGGCACAGCUCAACAGCCGCCUGAGCCACCUCAUCAUCGAGUCAGUGAAGGAGGCCGACGAGGGCUUGUACACGGUGAAAGACCCAGAGAACCCACAGGACGCACGGACCAUCUCGCUCAUAGUGAGAGAUUGUUCAAACGAGCAGACUGUUAAGUAUGGAGAUAAUUACCAUAUUGCUCUGGACCUUCCGCCUCCUCCUCCGGCUCCCACCAUCACUCUGGAGUACAGGCCCAUCUCUGUGGAAGCCAACCAGACCUCCAAACCGGCCCUGGUGCUACUGGCCGCCUCAGGGACCCUCAGCGAUGCAUACCACGACCGCAUUGUUGUUGGGGAAAAGUUGCUCACGCUCCGGGCUGUGACAGGGGCCGACGAGGGCAGCUACACCAUCAGUGGAGACAAAGGAGAAAUCAAGACCAAAAUGUGUCUCAAUGUUCGAGAGCACCUUCACUUCCUGGAGCUGCCUCAGGGAAAGAGGAUGAAGAUAAAUCUGAUCCUAAACAGUUCUCUGGUGCAGCUGUUCUACACCCGCAGCUCGGACCCUGCCCCUCGCACCCCCCACCUGCUGCUGGACAAGGGAGGCUUCACUGACGCCCAAACUGAGCUGGGCUUUGAGAGUCGCCUCUCGUUGGAUGGAAACGUGUUUUACUUGGACCAGAUCAAGGGUGCAGACGCUGGAGAGUACAAAGUCAUCGACAUUCUGGGGUUCCCUGUGACUAUUGUCCACCUUGAGUUGAAACCCUUCAAACUGGAGAAGCUGUAUGUGGCCAUCAUCGCGCUGCUUGGGUUUGUAGUCUUCCUGCUGCUGGCUUGCCUGGUUUCCUGUCUGUUCAAAGUGCGUAAAAGGGCCAAGAGGAACGCAGCUCUGGAAAAACUGGCCAAAGAAGACGAGGGAGAGGCCUUCAGACAGGUUGUUAAAAACAUCACUAAACUCAGCGAGGAGUCCAAACAUUCUCAGGCCGACACCACAGAAAAAUCACAAAGCACCGAAGUGGACAUUAAAGGUCUGGAGGUAUCGUCCAAAGAGGUGGGCGGGGGAAACCUGGAGACAAGUGACUCCGGAGUGGGUUUCAACACCGCUCUGCCCCUGGACACUGACACUGACGCAGCCGACCAGCUCCCUGAUUCCGAGGCGGCCAGCAUCACUGCACCGGCUGAGCCCAAACCAUCUCCUUCAUCUGCUGCUGCUGCUAAGGCUCCCAGUGCUCCCCCGGCGGCUGAAAUCAAGCCCCCUGCCCCCGUAGCUGAAACUAAAGCCAGCCCGCAGCCAAAACGAGCACCUGCACCUCCCAUGGAAGUCAAACUCGAACCACCGAUAUCCACCGAAGUCAAGCUAAGCCCCGCUCCGAGCCCUGAGCCCAAGGCCAGUCUGAGUCCAAUGGCGCCCAAAUCUAGUCCUGCUGCAAAAUCCCCCUCUCCCACUCCCGAAUCCAAGACCACUCUGGCUCCCAUUCCUGAAAAAUCCAAACCGACCACCCCUGAGCCAAUCACCAACGGAACGGCAGAGAUAGAUGGCCACAAGGCGAGUCCAGAUCAUGCCGCGCUGAUCUCGAAAGCCCCCAAGACCCCCGAAAUUGAGAUUAAGUCCAGUGGAGAUGCAGUAGAUGUGAAAGCGGAUUCAAGCAAAGAUGCCCCUGUACCUGCGGAGUCCGCAACCACCACUAGCAUCUGA